UCACCCCUCUUUUCUUCUCACUGACCUCUCCCUCCCAUCCCUCUAUUUCCACUCACCAUGACUGUCACAGCAUCCCCAUCUACCACCCAAGCCCUCGUCCUGCACGGCGCCAAAGACCUCCGUCUGGAAUCCCGACCUCUUUCCCCCCCAGCCGGCAACGAAGUUCAAGUUGCCGUUCGCGCCACCGGCCUCUGUGGCUCUGACCUCCACUACUACACCCACGGCCGCAAUGGCGACUUUGUCGUCCGUGAACCCAUGUGCCUGGGCCACGAAUCCUCCGGUAUCGUUACCGCCGUCGGACCCGAGGUAACCACACACGCAGUAGGCGAUCGCGUCGCCCUAGAAGUCGGCCUCCCCUGUCGACAAUGCGCCCUCUGCCAGCAGGGCCGCUAUAACAUCUGCCCCCAGAUGAAAUUCCGCAGCAGUGCCAAGCUCGUCCCCCACCUCGACGGAACCCUGAUGGAACUCACCAACCACCCGGCCGACAUGUGCCACAGACUCCCCGACUCAGUCUCCUACGCCGGAGGCGCCCUCGUCGAACCACUAGCCGUCUGUCUCCAUGCCAUUCGACGCUCCCGGCCCCCAACCCAGGAGGAAGUGACUCUCGCGCAAUCGGUGGGCGAACCCACCUCAGCCCUGAUCUUCGGGGCGGGUGCCAUUGGCUUACUCCUGGCCUCUGCCCUGGCCACAUCCCAGAACUUCUCCUCCAUCCUGGUGGCCGACAUCGAUGCCUCCCGACUGGCCAUUGCCGACUCGCUGGGCCUGGGCCUGAAGACGACCCUCAUCCCCAAGGCCGACCCGUCCAACCCCCCACCCUCCCGAGAAGCCCCGCACGCGGAACAAACAGCCUGGGCGCUGCAGAACGCACAACGCGUGGCGGCGAUCCUGAAGGAGUCGGCCAGUCUGACGUCGGGGUUUGCGCGGGUCUAUGACUGCACGGGGGUGCCGGCCUGCGUGCAGGCGGGUAUCUAUGCUGCAGGGGCGGGAGCGGUGCUGGUCCAGAUUGGAAUGGGCAACCCUAUCCAAACGCUGCCGGUCGGGGCAGCAGCACUGCGGGAGGUGGACAUCAUCGGGGUGUUCCGCUACGACGGGUAUGCCUAUCCGGCAGCGAUUGCCUUGAUGGCCAGCGGGAAGCUGGAGCGGGUAGAGCAGUUGGUGGUGACGCACCGGGUGCCACUGGCAGAGGGCGCGCGGGCCUUUUCCCUGGCGGGCCAGGGAGUAGACGAGGCGGGCAAGCCAGUGGUCAAGGUGGUGAUUGAGAGCUGAGAUAACUCCAACACCGAAGACAUGAGAACCAAAAGAAUGACUCAGACUUAUGAUGUUACGGAGUGUACAGUAGACAGCAAAGCAUACUAGAUGAGAUGAGAUGAGAUGAAAC